CAGUCUUGGUGCAGCUUGUUUUUAGCCAGUCAUUUGCUUUUCCUCCAUUCAUUUUGCACCGGAACGUUAAAAUAAAAAGUACAAAAUGGACAUAUUCAUGGCUGAAAGAGAUGAAAUUGAAUUAAAACCAAAAGAUGCGCACAGCUCGUUGGAUGAGCUAGAUAUGGAAGAUUUAUAUGUGCGCUAUAAGAAAUUGCAAAAAACUUUGGAAUUCAUUGAGGUGCAGGAGGAGUACAUCAAGGAUGAGCAGCGUAAUCUUAAAAAAGAGUAUUUACAUGCACAAGAGGAGGUGAAACGCAUACAAUCGGUGCCGUUGGUGAUAGGCCAAUUUCUGGAAGCUGUUGACCAGAAUACUGGAAUUGUCGGCUCUACCACCGGCUCCAAUUACUAUGUACGCAUCCUCUCCACUAUCGAUCGUGAGCUGCUGAAGCCAUCUGCCUCGGUAGCCUUGCACAAGCAUAGCAAUGCUUUGGUCGAUGUUCUGCCACCAGAAGCGGACAGCUCCAUAUCGAUGCUGCAGCCCGAUGAGAAGCCCGAUGUUAGCUAUGCUGAUAUUGGUGGCAUGGAUAUGCAAAAGCAGGAGAUUCGAGAGGCUGUCGAACUGCCGCUCACCCACUUUGAGCUGUACAAACAAAUCGGUAUUGAUCCGCCCCGUGGUGUCCUGAUGUACGGUCCACCCGGCUGCGGUAAAACGAUGUUGGCCAAAGCUGUGGCCCAUCAUACGACCGCCUCAUUCAUACGCGUCGUCGGCUCCGAGUUUGUGCAGAAAUAUUUGGGCGAGGGCCCGCGCAUGGUCCGCGACGUAUUUCGACUGGCUAAAGAGAAUGCGCCAGCUAUUAUCUUCAUCGAUGAAAUCGAUGCGAUUGCCACGAAACGUUUCGAUGCCCAGACGGGCGCUGAUCGUGAAGUGCAGCGUAUUCUGCUCGAGCUGCUGAAUCAAAUGGAUGGUUUCGAUCAAACGACCAAUGUAAAGGUGAUUAUGGCAACGAAUCGUGCCGAUACACUAGAUCCAGCUCUGUUGCGUCCGGGUCGCUUGGAUCGUAAGAUUGAAUUCCCGCUACCGGAUCGUAGACAGAAACGCUUGGUCUUCUCCACCAUCACAUCGAAAAUGAACCUCAGCGAGGAUGUUGAUCUGGAGGAGUUUGUGGCGCGUCCCGACAAAAUCUCUGGCGCUGACAUCAAUGCCAUUUGCCAGGAGGCGGGUAUGCAUGCGGUGCGCGAGAAUCGUUACAUUGUCCUUGCCAAGGACUUCGAGAAGGGUUACAAGAACAACAUCAAGAAGGACGAACAGGAGCACGAGUUCUACAAGUAGACCUACUUAAAGUUACCAACA